AAAAGAGAAAAAAAAAGAAAAGAAAAAGAGAAAAAAAAAGAAAAGAAAAAGAGAAAAAAAAAGAAAAAGAAAAAGAGAAAAAAAAAGAAAAAGAAAAAGAGAAAAAAAAAAGAAAAAGAAAAAGAGACAAAAAAAAAGGAAAAGAAAAAGAGACAAAAAAAAAGGAAAAGAAAAAGAGACAAAAAAAAAGGAAAAGAAAAAGAGACAAAAAAAAAGGAAAAGAAAAAGAGACAAAAAAAAAGGAAAAGAAAAAGAGACAAAAAAAAAGGAAAAGAAAAAGAGACAAAAAAAAAGGAAAAGAAAAAGAGACAAAAAAAAAGGAAAAGAAAAAGAGAAAAAAAAGAAAAGGAAAAGAGGGAAAAAAAAGAAAAGGAAAAGAGGGAAAAAAAAGAAAAGGAAAAGAGGGAAAAAAAAGAAAAGGAAAAGAGGGAAAAAAAAGAAAAGGAAAAGAGGGAAAAAAAAGAAAAGGAAAAGAGGGAAAAAAAAGAAAAGGAAAAGAGGGAAAAAAAAGAAAAGGAAAAGAGGGAAAAAAAAGAAAAGGAAAAGAGGGAAAAAAAAGAAAAGGAAAAGAGGGAAAAAAAAGAAAAGGAAAAGAGGGAAAAAAAAGAAAAGGAAAAGAGGGAAAAAAAAGAAAAGGAAAAGAGGGAAAAAAAAGAAAAGGAAAAGAGGGAAAAAAAAGAAAAGGAAAAGAGGGAAAAAAAAGAAAAGGAAAAGAGGGAAAAAAAAGAAAAGGAAAAGAGGGAAAAAAAAGAAAAGGAAAAGAGGGAAAAAAAAGAAAAGGAAAAGAGGGAAAAAAAAGAAAAGGAAAAGAGGGAAAAAAAAGAAAAGGAAAAGAGGGAAAAAAAAGAAAAGGAAAAGAGGGAAAAAAAGAAAAGGAAAAGAGGGAAAAAAAGAAAAGGAAAAGAGGGAAAAAAAGAAAAGGAAAAGAGGGAAAAAAAGAAAAGGAAAAGAGGGAAAAAAAGAAAAGGAAAAGAGGGAAAAAAAGAAAAGGAAAAGAGGGAAAAAAAGAAAAGGAAAAGAGGGAAAAAAAGAAAAGGAAAAGAGGGGGAAAAAGAAAAGGAAAAGAGGGGGAAAAAGAAAAGGAAAAGAGGGGGAAAAAGAAAAGGAAAAGAGGGGGAAAAAGAAAAGGAAAAGAGGGGGAAAAAGAAAAGGAAAAGAGGGGGAAAAAGAAAAGGAAAAGAGGGGGAAAAAGAAAAGGAAAAGAGGGGGAAAAAGAAAAGGAAAAGAGGGGGAAAAAGAAAAGGAAAAGAGGGGGAAAAAGAAAAGGAAAAGAGGGGGAAAAAGAAAAGGAAAAGAGGGGGAAAAAGAAAAGGAAAAGAGGGGGAAAAAGAAAAGGAAAAGAGGGGGAAAAAGAAAAGGAAAAGAGGGGGAAAAAGAAAAGGAAAAGAGGGGGAAAAAGAAAAGGAAAAGAGGGGGAAAAAGAAAAGGAAAAGAGGGGGAAAAAGAAAAGGAAAAGAGGGGGAAAAAGAAAAGGAAAAGAGGGGGAAAAAGAAAAGGAAAAGAGGGGGAAAAAGAAAAGGAAAAGAGGGGGAAAAAGAAAAGGAAAAGAGGGGGAAAAAGAAAAGGAAAAGAGGGGGAAAAAGAAAAGGAAAAGAGGGGGAAAAAGAAAAGGAAAAGAGGGGGAAAAAGAAAAGGAAAAGAGGGGGAAAAAGAAAAGGAAAAGAGGGGGAAAAAGAAAAGGAAAAGAGGGGGAAAAAGAAAAGGAAAAGAGGGGGAAAAAGAAAAGGAAAAGAGGGGGAAAAAGAAAAGGAAAAGAGGGGGAAAAAGAAAAGGAAAAGAGGGAAAAAGAAAAGACAAGGGAAAAAGAAAAGACAAGGGAAAAAGAAAAGACAAGGGAAAAAGAAAAGACAAGGGAAAAAGAAAAGACAAGGGAAAAAGAAAAGACAAGGGAAAAAGAAAAGACAAGGGAAAAAGAAAAGACAAGGGAAAAAGAAAAGACAAGGGAAAAAGAAAAGACAAGGGAAAAAGAAAAGACAAGGGAAAAAGAAAAGACAAGGGAAAAAGAAAAGACAAGGGAAAAAGAAAGAGGAUGAAAAAUAA